CCCUUCUUUUUCUUUUUGAGUUAUCAGUAUCUGACUCAAACUCCAUUAAGGAAGUUGUUCAUUCUCCUGCAAAUCAUCUCUUCUCUUACGGCAUGUAUGUUUCACUCCUCUCUGGAUUCUAAUCCCAAUGCAUCAAAUUUGCUUUUCAAUCUGAGAUCAAACACAAUAGCUUUGUGUGGUGAGAUUGAUUGACCGACAUGAUUCUGCUCAUGGUUUGUAACAGAUUAACUGAUUAAUUGAGUCUUGCUCCUCAAUUAAUUGCCAGUUAGUAACAAUCAAUGUCCAGUGCUACCCCAGCGUACAGACCCUACCGCCAUUUAAAAACCCUAACGGCUCACAGUCGUGCUGUUUCGUGCGUGAAAUUCUCCAAUGAUGGAACCCUGCUUGCCUCUGCCUCUCUUGAUAAAACAUUGAUAAUAUGGUCGGCCUCGACACUCUCCCUUAUCCACUGCCUUGUUGGUCACUCCGACGGCAUAUCGGACCUUGCAUGGUCUUCUGAUUCUCACUACAUCUGCUCAGCUUCUGAUGAUCGCACCCUACGCAUCUGGGAUGCACGUGCCCCCUUUGACUGCCUAAAGACUCUUCGUGGGCACUCGGACUUUGUCUUCUGUGUGAAUUUUAAUCCUCAGUCUAAUCUGAUCGUAUCAGGAUCAUUUGAUGAAACAAUUCGUGUUUGGGAGGUGAAGACAGGGAAAUGUAUGCGCAUGAUUCAGGCUCAUGCAAUGCCUGUUACUUCUGUGCAUUUUAACAGGGAUGGUUCACUGAUCGUGACUGGGAGUCAUGAUGGAUCUUGUAAGAUUUGGGAUGCAGGGGAAGGCACAUGCUUGAAGACGCUUAUUGAUGAUAAGGAUCCUGCUGUGUCCUUUGCUAAAUUUUCUCCCAAUGGGAAGUUCAUUCUUGUUGGCACUCUCGACAGCACUCUUAAGCUGUGGAAUUACUCAGCGGGUAAGUUCUUGAAAGUCUAUACAGGUCAUACAAACAGAGCUUAUUGUAUAACAUCCACGUUCUCUGUAACAAACGGGAAGUAUAUUGUUAGUGGAUCAGAGGACAAGUGUGUUUACUUAUGGGAUCUGCAGCAAAAAACUAUGCUUCAAAAGCUUGAAGGCCACACUGACACAGUGAUUUCUGUAACCUGUCACCCCACUGAAAACAAAAUUGCUUCUGCCGGCCUUGAUGGUGAUAGAACAGUGAGGAUCUGGGUUCAAGAUGCAUGAGUUGUUUGAAAUGAUAUAUGAAUUAGUUAUUUGUGGUGAGACAUGUAGAUGUUGUCUCUGAACAUGUUAUUUCAUUUCUAUUAAAAAAAAAAAAAAAAAAAAAAAAAUUGCAUGUCAAUUCUGUUUGUUUGAGAUGCCUGGUUAACAUAUAAGUAGAAUUUGUUAUGAUAAUGUGGUUUACAUGGGAAUGGGAUAAUCACAUAUAAUGUAUCCUUCUUACAGAAUAGCUUCAAAAAUGUAUGGUGAGGUGAGGUUUGGAGUUACAUGGUAAUGUUAUUGGCAACAAAGUCAGUAACUGAUCACAUUAAUGUUGCUGUGUUUUCUUGUAUCUAAUAAGGUGUUAGUUAUAUUUUAUGCUGUUUUCUUCAGUUAUUGUUUUGGGUGAAUCCUCUGCAAUUUAAGCUACGCGAAGGGUCCAUUGGGGCAUUUCGUUUCAGAUUUAAAUGAAGGAUGUGAUUUUU